AUGACGGCUUCUAAGUUUAAAAAUCGUUGCCCUGUUUGCCAGAGCAAAUCUUGGCGCCUGCGGAGCCACUUGGAUGACGUUCAUAGCGUCAGGAACGCCCAGGAGCGAAGGAUCCUGUUGGCGUUUGCCAGAGGGCGAGUGAGUGUCCGCGGAAUGAAGUGCCCCGUCCGCGGAUGCGCUUACGGGGGGUCCAGGGUGGCGCAGCACCUCCAAGACGCUCACCGUGAUCUGGGUGCCAAGGAGAAGAGGCGGCUUUUGAGGAAGCUCCAGUGGCGCAAAACGCUUAGGCAGGUGAGAGAACUUCGGGCCUCGGGUCCCGACCCGCCGUUAGCCACCAGCUUGGACCUGGACGGUUCACGGGGCAGGGAAGAAGCCGCCGCCGCCGCUUCCCCGCCUCCCCCCCCUACUCUUUCCCCUCCCUCGCUGGCUUCGGAAGUGGUGCAGGGGCGAGGGCUUCCCGGCCGACUGAGCCCCAGUCCUUCCCGUUCGACCUCGGCGGACUCCCCGCCACCAGAGCCGGAGCCAUGUCUUCCCGGCGGGCUUGGCACCAGUGCCGACGUGCCAGCCGCGGACUCGGUGGUCGUCGAGGAGGAGGAGAUUGCCGGAGGGCCGGAGAUCGGGGACGAACCGCAGGCGGAGCUGACUGGACUGCCGGAGAUAAGGGACGAACCGCAGGCCCCGUCCUCCAGCACGGUUAGUAAGCUGAUUACAUUUCCUCCAGUCAUCCGUUGCUACCUGCAGGAAUAUAACCGGCAUCUGACCGGGGCUAUACGCUCGCGAAAGCAUGUUGAAAAUGUUAAAUCAAAGAUGGGUCGAAUUGUUGCAUUCCUCAGCUACAUGAGCCGUAAUAAGACCGCCCUGGGCUCCUGGCGCUUCUUGGAUGACGCCGGACGCAUACUUGCCUGGCCCGCUGAACUCAGCCGUCAGCAGAAGGCCGUGACUACCGUUAAGGUUUACCUGGUAAACACAACCCAAUUCCACGUAUACUUCAUGGAGACGCCUCCGAGAAGCUCCAGGCUGUCAAAGCGGCAGCUCGUGUCGGUGAUGCGAGCUCUGAGGUCGGCCACGUGCCAAAUCGGAACGCAGGUGGUGCUUCGGCAGAUCAAGGUCAAGUCUGAGAAGCUCCAGCGAUCCGUAACGCCCCAACUUCUCUGCAGAUGCCUCAAACAAUCUCAGAGCUGGAUCCCCAGACUCUUGCUGAGCUGCUCGCAAAAGAAGCACGACGUGGGAGCGAGACAUCUGUUGUACGGUUUCAUUGUCCUUUACCUUACUUCUCUCUACGGCCAUCGGGCCGGCGUCAUGACCAACCUUACCACCGAAGAGGUCCUGGAGGCAACAAGGGGAUCCAGCUCUCGCUCUCCGGGGGUCGUACUCAAUGUAAAAAACCAUAAGACUGCACGGGUGUUUGGCUGUGCUCAGGUGUUUCUGACCCACGAGGAACUGGGCUGGAUCCAGCGGUGGAUGGAGAUCCGGGCUCUGCUACGCCCUCGGUGCGAUCUGGUAUUUUUCAAUACCAACCACGGGCAAGUGAAAAACAUCACCCUGUUCGCGAGGAACGCAUGGGCAGCCAUGCUACUGCCAGGCAGACCCUCCCUUACCGACAUCAGGACCGCGGUCGCAACGAUGUGCAGGAACACCCACUCCAGUGAGGUCCGGACGCAGCUGUCCCGGGUAAUGUGUCACGACACCCGCACGGCCGACCGAUUCUAUGCGAUGCAGCUGGAUGUCUGCCAGAUGGCGGAGAUGAGGCGCAGAUUUGCCCAGUGCAUGGGAGAAGAAGCUGCAGAAAGUUCACAAUAAACUUUGAAUAAUGCACCAGAAUGUGUCAUGUCUCUUCAUUGUGUGGGGGGUGGGU